AUGGACGGCUUGGGCGGAGGUCCCAAGUGUGGGGCUCCCUGGAAGAGGAUGUCUAAAGAGGAGCUGGAGAAUCAGUACUCCCCCAGCAGAUGGGUCGUCCGACUGGGAGCAGAGGAGGCCUUGAGGACCUACUCACAGAUAGGAAACGAGGCUACCAGGAGGGCCCAGGCCACCGGGAGGAACCUGCUCGAUGUCCCCUAUGGAGACGGCGAAGGGGAGAAACUGGACAUCUACUUUCCUGAGGCAGUGUCUGAAGCCUUGCCGUUCCUCGUGUUUUUUCAUGGAGGAUACUGGCAGAGCGGAAGUAAAGACUCGUCAGCCUUCAUGGUCAGCCCACUGACAGCACAGGGAGUGGCUGUGGUGAUAGUGGCUUAUGACAUUGCCCCCAAAGGCACCCUGGACCAGAUGGUAGACCAGGUGACCCAGAGCAUCGUGUUUGUCCAGAAACAGUAUCCAGGCAACCAGGGAAUUUACCUGUGCGGACACUCAGCUGGGGCCCACCUCGCCGCCAUGAUGCUCCUGGCCAACUGGACCAAGCGUGGAGUCACGCCCAACCUCAAAGGCUUCUUCCUGGUGAGUGGGAUCUAUGACCUGGAGCCUGUCAUGCACACCUCUGAGAACGCCCCUCUCCUCACAACCCUGGAGGAUGCUCAAAGGAACAGCCCACAGUGGCACCUGAAGACAGCCCCGACACAGCCUGUGGACCCAGCCUGCCGCGUCCUGGUGACUGUGGGCCAACACGACAGCCCCGAAUUCCACCGACAGUCCAGGGAAUUUUAUCAGACUCUGCGCCAAGGAGGGUGGAAAGCCUCCUUUGAAGAGCUCCAUGACGUGGAUCACUUUGAAAUCCUUUGGAACCUAACCCAGAAGGACUACGUGCUCACCCAGAUUAUUUUGGAAACAAUCUUCCAGGAGUCCUGA